GGCUGCGGCUCCUCCUCCUUUCCUCGCCACGCCCCUUGGCGGGGAGGGGGGUUCGGAGUGAGCGCGCGGCACGGCCUGGCCUUGCCUCAGCCGACCAUGGCGCCCAGCAGUGAUUUAAUGGGGGCGGCCGAAGACCUGGCCGAUCAGUUCUUGCGCGUCACGAAGCAUUACCUACCUCACCUGGCUCACCUCUGCCUCAUCAGCACCUUCUUGGAGGACGGAAUCCGGAUGUGGUUCCAGUGGAACGAGCAGAGGGACUACAUCAACCUGUCGUGGGGGAGCGGCGUCCUCCUGGCCACCCUCUUCGUGCUCCUCAACAUGUGUGGGCAGCUGGCCGGGUGUGUGCUUGUCCUCGCCAGGAGGUUUGUUCCUUAUGCAUGUUUUGGACUCUUCGGAAUCAUCUUUAUGCAGACAAUUGCCUACAGUAUUUUAUGGGACCUCAAGUUCUUGAUGAGGAAUUUGGCUCUGGGUGGUGGGCUGCUCCUGCUGCUGGCUGAGUCUCGAUCUGAAGGGAAGUCCAUGUUUGCCGGAGUCCCCACCGUUGACGACAUCUCACCGCGGCAGUACAUGCAGCUGGGCGGGCGCCUGCUUCUCGUCCUCAUGUUCAUGACGCUGCUGCACUUUGAGCUGGGCGCCUUCACUAUCUUCCAGGACAUCUUCGGCAUGGUCCUCAUAAUCCUGGUUGCCGUGGGCUUCAAGACCAAGCUGGCGGCUCUGACCCUGGUGGGCUGGCUGCUGGUCAUCAACAUGAUCCAGAAUGCCUUCUGGAGUAUCCCCACGUACCGGCCCCUCCACGACUUCCUCAAAUAUGACUUUUUCCAGACCAUGUCGGUCAUCGGUGGGCCUCUUGCUGGUGGUGGCCCUGGGACCUGGGGGGUGUCCAUGGAUGAGCACAAGAAGAAGUGGUGAAGACGGAGCGGAGAAAGAGGGGCGGGGCUGGGGGCGGGGCUCUUUUCCUAGCAGGAGCCCCUCUGCAUAUUAGGCCACGCCCUCCCUGAUGUAGCCAACCCCCCAAGAGCUUGCAGGGCUUGCUGGAAGCUCCAGGAGGAUUGGCUUGCAUCAGGGGGGGCGUGGCCUAAUAUGCAGAGGAGCUCCUGCUAGAAGAAGAGCCCUGCUGGGGAGGAGACGAGGGCGGCGGUUUUUACGAGACCCGUGUAGAAAUUCUUCCUUCUCCCUUUUUUGCUUUAUUUUCUGGAAGUUUAUCAUAGUUCACGGUUGCCUUAUCCGGAAUGGGGAGGGCUGUUGCCUUCCGCCCUGUCUGAGACGUGUAAAUUAAAGCCGAAUUCUCUACGUUGA